UCCUGGCGACCGUAAAACAUCAUCACGACCAUCUAUCGAGGUCCUUCCUCACUUCAGUUUGAUGCCGACUAUUAAAGGGAAGAGGGUUGCGCUUGUAGGUUCCAUCUUUCCGCCGAGGGCGAGAGGAGAGCAGAGCAGCGACGCAGGGGAAGAUGCCGGCGACCGCGACGGUAGUGGGGGCCCUACUGGGGCUGGGCACUCAGCUGUACUCCAACGCCCUUCGCAAGCUCCCCUACAUGCGGCACCCAUGGGAGCACUUGCUGGGGAUGGGGCUUGGUGCUAUCUUCGUGAACCAGCUCGUCAAGUGGGAUGAGAAGCUCAAGGAGGAUCUCGACAAGAUGCUCGUCAAGGCCAAGGCCGCAAACGAGCGCAGAUACUUUGAUGAUGAUGAAGAUUAGUGCUUUGAGAGCUAGAGUUUGUCGAUUGUUUGUUUUCACCAUCAGGACAGGACUCUCGAAGGCAUUACAUCUUUCUUUUUGAAAAUUGUCAUAUCCAGCAGUGUUGGUCCAACUUAUUUAUUGUAUGCUCUCUCUCUACUGUGUUUGAAUUUAGGGACUUGUUUUAAAAUAAGCUGUGGGUUCACGGCAUUUUAAUUGAUUAAUGGACAGCUAUUGCCAGUAGAAUGGAUUUUUGGUGCUCUUCUGAAAUCAAUCAAUUGCUUGCAUGAAAUACUUGCAAUUCGUUGC